AUGGCCUACGCCGACAGAGACCACGAGCCUCGAUCAGGCCACGCAUAUCACCGCCCAGCACACUCGCCACACGGCUCCCAUCGCAGCCAUUCGAGGCGAGCCUAUGAGCGUGCUGGACAUGGUGCCAUGAACCGCGACGACGACGACCGCAGAGAUCGAGGCAGAUCGGAUCGAGAGCCUCGAGGUCCGCCCAAGGCUUCCUACGACAGAAGACGCUCCUUAUCGCCUGCACCAAGACGCGCGGAACCCCCGCGGGGGCGCGACUACCCACGCGACACACGGCGUGACGGCUUCCGGGAACGAGACGAUAUCCCCAAGGGGCCUCGACGUCGCUCGCGUUCGCCCACCUCGCCGGGCAAGAGACGGCGAAGCAUCAGCCCCGGACCACCGUACCACGGCAGCAAGAAGUCGAAACGCGAUCGGGAGCGGGACAAGCGACGGGUCAAGAAGGGCCGCCCCCGCCCGUCAUCCCCAUCCUACCGGCGCUCGCCCUCGCCUUAUCGUGGACGUCACGCGUCCGACAGACCUGAUCUGUUCGAUUUCCCGCCUUCGAGGGCUCGCAGCCGCUCUCCGCGCCAUCCCGGCGAGUCUCGUCUGGACAGAGGUGCAUCGCCGCACGAACGCCCUCGUCGGGGGUCGCUGUUGAGUAAUCGCUCGCGCUCACCACCACGGCCCGGGUCUCGCCAUUCAGGACUCUCACGUGUUCAUUCCCCCCACCCCCCUCAGCUUUCAGAAGCCGGGUCAUACUCGCGGAGGUCCACGCCUGGCCCUGAAGCUCCGCUGUCUCAUCGUCCUCACUCCCCGCAACCCGACCGGCCACCCCCUACAGGACCCUCUGCCUCUCGCAAGAAGCACCGCGAGGACCCUCGCCUGGCCAGACGGCCACAACCUUCGUCAGGCGCCAACAGCAUCGAAGUCGGCAUGAAUAGAAGGGCAGACGUGCGAAGUAGUUACGGACCGAAUACGUCUGCAGCUCUCCACCCCCCAGGCCGUUCCAGUGAUCCUCGUCACAACUACUCGCCCUCUCAUGCUACGUCUGGCUCAUCCCAUCAUGGCUCACCAAGUGCACAAUCACCCCAUGGCGAGAGAUCUCGAGGUGCUUCGGCAUUCUCCCCGCAGCGUGGCUCUCACAGCGGACCUCAGUCCCAGUUCAAUCAGUCGCCGCCGCACCCGCCGACAGGACCAAGUCGUGGCUUCUCAAGGGGGUCCUUCCGUGGUGGAAGCUUCAGUGCCCCUCGCGGCGGAUCUCGGAACGGUGGAUUCAACCCGCCCACAGGCCCAUCUGCUGAGAGAGGCCACACGAGCCAUAGCCAUUCCGGGGAGAGCACACCUAAUCACGGACCAAACCUUCAACAGCCUGAGACAGUUGCGCUCAGGAAGGAUGAUCCUGUCACCCAAGAUCCCUCGCAACCCGAGAAGGAGCCGCCAUUUGAUGAAUCAAUGGCAAAGAGAAUCGACGACCAAGAUAUCGACGAGCAAGUGCCUCAACCAAAUCGUGCUCCGCCCAGUGGUCCUACGACAAGCACUCAGUCGGGUCCAAAAUUCAGCUUCGCCUUCAAGGCUACAUCCAAGACUCCAGUUGCCGCCCCUAAGCCGGAGAUCUCGCAGAAAUUCAGCGCCGCUCCUCCACGAAGAGACCCGCCGCAGCCUGCCGAUGAUCGUAGCAACAGAGACCGGGAUUUGCCUAGGGAUGUCCCAACUGGUCCAGCAUCGUCUAGAUCACGAAAUGACCACGAAUACCACAGCAGGCAACGAGCUCCCGAACACCCUAGGCCGGCGAGGCCUCCCAGAACGAGGAAAGUAAUAAGGAUAGAGAGGCGCCUGAAACCAAAGCCCACAUUACCCGAGCACCUGGCCGCUUCCGAGUCUCCGUUCUAUAGAAAGCCUGGCAAUGACUCGGUGGUUGGAUCUGGUACCUAUGGUAAAGUCUUCAAGGGCGUACAUGUUUACAGCGGACGACUUGUUGCCCUGAAGAAAAUUCGCAUGGAAGGAGAAAGAGAUGGCUUUCCUGUCACUGCCGUGCGCGAAAUCAAACUGCUCCAAUCUCUGCGCCAUGAGAAUAUUGUCUCCUUACAAGAAGUAAUGGUUGAGAGGAACGAUUGCUUCAUGGUUUUCGAAUACCUCUCGCAUGAUCUCACGGGUCUUCUCAACCACCCUUCCUUCAAGCUUGAACCCGACCAGAAGAAACACCUAGCCAAGCAGCUCUUUGAGGGCUUGGACUAUCUGCACACCAGGGGCGUCCUUCACAGAGACAUCAAGGCUGCCAACAUUCUCGUGAGCAGCGACGGUAUACUAAAACUUGCAGAUUUUGGUCUGGCCCGGUUUUAUGCCAAACACCAUCAGAACGACUACACGAACCGUGUCAUCACUAUCUGGUACCGGUCUCCGGAGCUGCUUCUCGGCGAGACACGAUACAGCGCUGCAGUUGACGUGUGGAGCGCUGCGUGUGUGAUGGUUGAGAUCUUUACCCGCCAUGCUAUCUUCCCCGGUGAUGGCACGGAAAUUAACCAGUUAGAUAAGAUCUAUGCCAUCCUCGGCACGCCAAACAAGGUGGAAUGGCCUGAUCUUGUCAAGAUGGAGUGGUUCGAGCUCCUGAGGCCUGGCUAUCGUAAACCGAACGUCUUCGCCGAGAAGUAUAUGGAGAAGGUUCCCGCAGCCGCGUUCGAACUCCUAGCCUCCAUGUUUCAGUACGACCCUGUUCGGCGGCCCUCGGCUGCCCAAGCCCUUGAGCACCCUUACUUCACCACGGAGUACCCGCCACCCCGGCAAGCUACAGAACUUGCGAAUAUCCAGGGUGACUGGCACGAGUUUGAGUCGAAAGCACUGCGCCGCGAAAAGGAGCGUCAGGAACGGGAGGCCCGCCGUGCUGCCAACUCAAAGGCGAAGGACGCAGAGAAGCCAGGAAAGGAAGUCGAGGUGCGAGAUAAGGAGAGGAAACGGCCGGGCUCAUCGCAUGACGGACGUGACACUAAGCGACCCCAUAUCGAGGGUCGUCCAUCAUCGUCAGGAAAGCCCUCGGAGGGACCGUAG